UUUUUUUCUAUUUAUAUAAUAUUUAUAUCAUAUAUAUAUAUACUUUAACAUUCCUUACUUUAUUCUAAUAUUGUAUUGGAGGCAACGUCAUGUCCCUUAGUAUAUAUCACUAUGUGAUUAUCUUGACGGUUUUCCUUCUUAUUCGCUUACUUCUUCGGUGGAUUAUCGCGCUAUGCUUUCAACUGAAAUUCGGUCAAGUUGGUUUCUUUUCUGUUUCUCAAAUACUUUAUCGAAAAACUACAAAGGAUGCUUCACCUAUUGAAAAAUAUGUCAUCUCUAUUGGUAGAAUAAAGUUCCGUAUCAAACGUCCAACUUCCUCACUGUCCACAGCUUGGAUCACUCUACAUAUAGAGAAGGUAGAAUGCCGUAUUCCUAAUUGGUCCAUAUUACGACUCUCACAAACUGAUACCAACUCUCAAACUACUUUGUCAAGACGUAUUUCACGAAUGGGAAAUCUACCUCAUAUACCUUGGUGGUACUCGAUCUCUGUUGUCAAAUAUAUUGUCAAGUUCACUUCUGCCUUGCCUGCUCAAUUCUUGAUGGCUGGUCUUGCAAACUAUUUUGAUGUUCAGAUCAAUGGUUUAUUACUUGCUAUCGAAAACAAGAAUGUAUUCAAAAUAGAUCACAUCAAUUUAUCUUCUAUCCUUUUUGCCGCCGUUGUCCAACAAAACAAGAAUUCUCAACAGAACAAUGAUAUAGAAUACCAUACACCAUCAUCCUCUUCCAUAUACGACGAUUCCGAUAUAGAUCAACAUCAUCCUUUUUUGAACGCUGGUCAUCAACGACAUUCACUCAAACGUGCUCAACACUUAUUCAAGGAAAAGUUUUUUGAAAUUAUUCUCCAACUGGGACCUAUAUCGAUUGGCAAUCAAGGUUUGGAAUUACCUCAAGGUGGACGGAUAGCUAUUUCUUGUCACUUAUCUGCUGGCUGUCUGACAUUAAAAGAUGUAGACACAAGUCUUCAUGUGGAUUCUCUUAACUUGCGUUUGGAAAAACUAUUGGAACUACAAUCGUUAAUACAGCAAAGCGAUUCUAAUCAUCAUCAACAAGAUCAUCACUCAUCUCAGCAUCAAAAUAGAACCAAAAACAAGCAGCAUUUUAUUUUGGAUAUGAUUCGAUCUACAUCAAUCUCUAUAUCUCACAUUCGAGCGUCAAAGGAAUAUCACAACGGGAACUUUCUGGGAUUUGACAUUGAUUACAUUAAUGCAACUACUACAAUAUCACAACAACUGGUGAAAUCUCAAGCCAUAGGAUCAUUUUGCAAUUUACAAAUUGAAAUGGAACAUGCCUACUGCUUUAUAUCCGAAGACUCCUCAUCAAAAGGCUCUACUCGUUUGGUGACGCUACCUGAAGUGAAUUUGACUGGCAUGUUUCCAAUGAUACAAGCCCAUUCUGGUGGAUCUAUAGUAAAUGACGGCAAUAUUGAUGGUCCAAAUCAACAAUCAGUGCAAGCCAACUUGAUCUUUGUGGAUCCCCUGUUACAUGUUAAUAUGGACAAAAUCUCCCUCUUGAAUACCAUGGUUUCCUCUUCUUCUGUUUCUUCGAAUGAAGGUCCUCCAUCAAUACAAGCAUUCUCUGGAUCUAUUAAAAAACAAUUACCAAAACUUGGGCUAUUAUUGAAGCUGGAAAAUCCUAGUAUCCAUUUUUUUGCUGAUUCGGAUGGUCAUGACUUGUUGGAAGAAAAAGAAUGUUCUCUCGGUGUGGUCCAAUGGUCAACGAUCUUGAUGAAUGUCACUGGCGAAUACGUGUUACAAAACGAUAUACCUUCAUCUCUUUUAUCUUGUAACAAACAACAACAAUGUCAACAAGAGGAAUCAACCGAUAAAACAUCCGGCAUUAGGAAGAGGAAGGGGAACGGCAUGCGAUGGACAAAACUUUUUAAAAAUACUUGGCGUUUUCGUCGACAAAAUGAUGCAAGUGAUAAUCAAAAACAAGUCAACUGGAUCUAUAACGCGACAACAAGAGUAGCUAUACAUGAUAUGGAAUUGAUGGUAAAGACAGGCAAUUCGGUGACAAGAAAUCCUUUAUUCUCUAUACAAUCAGUGGAAGUUGCUUUUGGAGCUUGCAUACCUACUCUGAAUACUGAUGAUGGUUUCGUGAUGGUCGUUUGGAAUUUGAAAGGUGAAAGAAAUGAAGUGGAUGUCAACAUUAGCUGUCUUUCCCUAUUCCCUUGUGUUACUGUUUCUGGCAAGCAUGGUUCUGGUCUGGUUCUUGGAUAUUGGCUCAACAUUAUUGAACAAUUACAACAAAUUCGACCGAAGAAGACUUCACCUCCUCACUCUUUGAACAAACCCUCGGAUACUUCAAGGAAAAUCAAUGUCAUGAUCGACACUUGGCUCCGGUGGUUUCGCAUUAAUCUAUCAUUUUCGCAGCUAAAAUUAGUAUUGGAAGGAUUUGACAAAGGCAAGAAUGGAGAUGAAAGACAAGCACCACAUGGAUACAUUGACAACGCACCUACUCAGGAUAUCUAUGCAAUCAUUACUACUACAAUUGAUCAUGUCUCUUUUAUUUUCCAUGGUGAUUCUCACAAGCUGGACGUUUCCUCUGGCGACUUUCAUCAUGGAGAUCAAGCUUACAACAAUGAAUCAACUGGUACUACUACUUCAACAACUGCUGGAUCAAGGGAAUUCAUCAAAAGCUCACUACAAGGUACUAUUCAAUCUCUCAAGGUAGUACGAUCAUUUAGUUCACGGUAUUUGGAUGACAAUAGACCAGAUGAUUUGAUUUUGUGGAUUCCGCGACUUUCUUCUAUGCUUUCUAUCGUCUCUACCACUGAUUUAUGCAUACUACAUCUUACUAUGGUUAUCAAACAACUUGGUUUACACUUCACAGUCACCAAUCAUUAUGCUCUUUUAUUGGCACUAUACACACUUGGAAGGAUCAAAACGAAUUUGCAUUUGGCAACAACAAGAUCGUCGGAAAUAGUGGCAUCAAGAACAACAGCAGCUAGAUGGUGGAAAAUGGAGAAAGUUCAAGUGCAAUUGAAUCGACUCGAUGGGCGAAUUACACUUCCUAAUGAUGUUGGAUUGUUUGUACGUGUGAUUGGAAUGCGGAUGGAGAUAGCUGAAAAAGUACAACCGGUGGUUCGUGUCCGGAAUACAACUAUAUAUGGUGUGGCUGUCAAGGAUGACACCAAAUGGGACCAACUACUAGAAUUGGACAAUCUACAAUAUUCUAUGGGAAAUCACCAAGGCAAGUCUAAUCAACCUAUUCAUCAAUUGGAUUUGACCAAGUUUUAUCUGCGUGUGCCUUAUCGGUAUGUAAUUGCUGAUCUUGUUGAUAAUGGUGUCAACCUCGUCAAGUAUUUGAAGGCUAUGGAUCCACGCUUAUCUGGAGCUAAACCAUUUACCUAUUUUGGAUCAAUUCUGAAGAACGAACCACUUUCACUUCCCAUGAUCCGACUUCACUGUGACAAGAUUACCAUGCAAUUGGAAGAUGAUCCCCUGGAAACAAAAUUACGAAGGAUUUGGCGAACCGGUUUGGUGGAACAAAGAUCAAGAUUGGAUGUGUUGGAUGCUUUUGAAGCCAAGGCAAGAACAGAAGGUCAAGAACGCGUACAUCAAGCAAGACAACGGCUUAAUGAACACAAUUCAAACAAUUGGAUGAAACAUAUCAAUCUGGCGAUUCAACAAGAAACAAUUGCUUUUGAAAAUUUACGAAGUCAAGACUUUCGAACGAACGGUAUAUUGGUUGACAAUGUGGGAAUUUACAGUGAUGAUAAAAGGGCAAGCAAAUAUUCUAUAACUUCUGAGGAUUCUAUUACGGCGCAAUUAUUUGACAUUGAUGUGAUUGAUCUUCCUAGAUGCUUCUCUCUCUUGGAUUUUACUAUUUUGGCCAGUACGUUGAAUAUACGACCACCUGAUUUUCCUUUGGAUCAGACAAGGAAGUUUGUGCAUGAUAUUGGAAAAGGUGUACCUCUGGAUACUGAUUUUACGACCUUGGCUCCGUUUCAUUUGGAUUGGUGUGGUGGCGAAACAUGGGCUCAGCUUCGUGAUUAUCCCAUACCUUUCUUUCAUGUUUCCUCUGGUAAAGAUAACGAAGAAUCGAAAGCAUGGACAUUAUCUGGAGACUAUGUAUUUGGUGAUCAAGCUGGGGAUUUGGAUUCUACACGGGUGGUGAAGGUAUCAAUCUUAGAAGACCAUGAUGUCGAUCUAUUCUAUACUAUGGAUGCUGUUAGGGUUGCUUCUCCUCCGAAAUUUUACUCUGUUGUCAAUAUCGAUGUUCAUACACCAAAAUUGACAAGUAUUUGUUGGUGUGUACCUUAUCAACCUGCUAUUCAAGAUUUAGCUCGAACCAUGGAUACGUUUACUCGACCACCUAUUGAUCCAUCUUCAAAAGUUGGCCUUUGGGACAAGAUUCGUCUAAUGAUUCAUACACAGACUACUAUUUCUUUCAUUGGUGGUGGCGACUUGGCAUUGGUGAUGAAAGGUUCUCGUGAUCCGUAUGAUUUAACUGAUCGUGGCUUUGGACUGGCUAAGUUAUGGAAGAAGAACGUUGUAUGGCGAAUGGGUCACAACAAUCCACAAGGUGAAUUUAUGCAAAUCAUUAGUCAAGAUCUUCUUUUUGGUGUUCCUGAUUUGGUUAAUGGUGGAUACAGAGUACCGCAUCUACUGCUUCCUUGUGAAGAACCUUCUAUUUCUGGGGAAACAAAUUUACUUGGUGUACCACAUCAAAACAUCAACAACAACAACAACAACAACAACGAUAAUAAUGAUGCAUCAACGAUGGAACCAGUAUCAAUAAUGGGAAAUGAUGAUAUAACGAAGAACGAAUUCCUCAAGGUGGCUCUCCGAUUUACAGGUGGUAUACGUAUGGGUCUUGGAUGUCAUUUGGAACGACUCUGUGUUGGUGAUUGCGCAGAAGAUCAUUCGAUUCAUCAAGAGCGAUGUCGACUUUUACAUUUUGUCCCUCAUUACAAGGUCAAAUACAAAUCUCGUCAAGCUGUUGAUGCUUUGAAGAAUCAUGGCAAGGAUUACGAUGCUUUUGCCGGUUUUCGAUCUGAUUUCAUCCAUUUCUCGAUAAGUAUCAUCAAGCUCACGGAAAAAGAAUACAACUUAUCAAACUUAUGUCAUGAUGAUGCUGGUCGUACUGCAAUGAACUCUCUACAUCUUUCUCCUGGGUUUUUGGAUCAUUUUUUAUCUACCUUUCGUCUUUUUGGUGGUAAUAUGAGUUACCCUUUACGUACUGGUUCUCUCUAUCCUCCUAUUGACACAAGACCUCCCAAAAAAUUUGGUGCACAUAUGCAAUCGAUGAAAUACAAGGUGGUGGUGAAUCCAAUACGAAUUGGUUACUUUUACAAGGAUGACAAUCUGGUGGACGGUGGUAAUGCUUAUUUGGCAGGUCAUGGUGAUACUGUUGGACUCAAAGGACAUGUCAAGACCUUCAGUGUAGAUCUUCAUCAGCAACGGGAACGGACAACAAUUAAAAACGGCGAUAAUACAUCUGGCAUAGAUCAACCACAACAGCAAAAACCAGGCUGGCAAAUUAAUGAAGCAGAAGUGGAAUUACGAAAUAUUGAUCUACGAGUGGUAAAGGCACGGUACAGUGUUGAUCAACAAAUGGACAAUAAUCACGAUCAUGAUUUUGUAAAUACCAAUGAUACAAUCGACAGCAAUACUUCUGAUGAUGAUCAAGAUUUGGAUCCUGACUUUAUGGAUGGUACUGAUCGCUGUGCAGAUGAAAAUGAAGAAGAUUCAACUUGGAUGGAUAUGGAUGAUUUUGUCGAAUUGAAUGUGGUAACACCAGAAAGUAUACCAAAGGUCCAUGUUCUUCCAUUUGCCUUCUCUCCAUGUAUGUACUAUAUCAAACAAAACAAUCCGGAUGAUGUUGAAAAAUACCGAUACUUACGUGGGACUCAUGAUUGUAUUAUUGGAACGGCUCCUGACACGCGUGAAAUUCAACUCUCUCUUUUGAAAGAACGUACUCGAAAUAUUGAUAUUCAAAUUCGCAAACAUCAAACAAGGUUGAAUAAUGUGGAAAGAAAGCUAUCUGAAAAAAUAGAUGACCAGGAACUAUUGAAUGAGUCAAAGACCAUUGUAGAGAAGACCGAAAUUCUAUUCGAAAAACGAAACUUGUUGCAACGAUAUCUCCGGGAACUUUCAUCUGAUGUCUUACCAGGAGGCCUUCAUGACUCCAACAUAGGGAAAGCGGCUCAUUCAGAUUCAACGAUUUUUGGUGAAGACGCAAUAUCAAAAUGGGAAGAAAAAAUGGGUCACUUCAAGGUACGAUAUAUUGUCCACAAUCCUCAAAUCAUAUGGAAUAACUCUGUACGGAAUAUUGUGUACCACUUUAUGGAUUUACAAGCUCACAAGCGUGCCCUGUCUUAUUAUAUGUCAUCUCGUGCUGUCAAAUUUCUGCGUGAUGUUACCAAAAAACAUCAAAAACAACGGCGAUUCAAGAAGGGGCAAUAUUUUGUGGAAGAUGAUGACGAUGGAUUGGAUCAAGAAACUAUACAGCAACUCUUGGAACAACUAGUAGCUGAAAAAAACACCAAAUUCUAUGCUCAGAACGAAAUGGAAACGCCACCUUCAACAGGCAUCGGUGGUGGUGGCAGCAGCAAUGGAUUUGAUAAUGUUGAUGUGAAUACGUUCAAUGAUGACAAUGUCAAGAACCCUGAUCGACAACUUGAAAGUAUUCCCAAUGGAUACAGCAUGAAAAGCAGUUAUUUGAUAGAUCUUCUCAAUCCACAAGUUAGUCUCCAAAGUGAUUGUGAUCCUGACAACCUGGUACUCAUGUCAAAUGAACGAGUCCAAGCCAAAGCAUUCAAUAUCACUGAAGACAAAGAAACAGAUCUGGAAAUGCAAUUGGUGAAAAAUCGUACUAUUGUUAGUCUUGAUAAUACUCAAUUUUUUGUGGCAAAGAAGGAACAAUUCGAUACUGUGGAUCUACUCUUGGACAAUCAUUAUGGUGCAAAAGGGCAUGAACAUUGGCUUACGUGGAUUCCUUCGGAAAUGCUGAUCAGUUAUGUGAAACGAAGUGACAAAUUUCAACGUGUGGGCACGCAAUUAUCACCUACUAUUCAAAUCGACAAAUACAAUGGCUUACGACUCAAGACUCACAGCACCAUAUUUGCUCGGUAUCAUCCAUUUGAAGAAAGAUGUGAUUCGGUUCACUUGAACUUCCCCAAUUUGGCACUUACGGCAGACUCAGCUCAAUACAAUGCAAUAUACGAAGUUGUUGUGGAUCUAUUACUAUAUAAGGAACCAGCAAAAAAGGAACGUUCAGAACGAUUACACGAAAUCAUGAUGGCAGCUGAUCAAGGAAGUCUGGAUGAGGCAACUGAGAAUAUUGUGGAAUUACAACAUCGAGUACGACAUUGCAUGGGCUUACGAGAUCAAUAUCAACAAAACAUUGGCAUGCUUGAUCAAGAUCACUUGGAAGAAUUACGUAAAAUACGAUUGGCACUUCAAGAUUCUUGUGAAGAUCUUUAUCUGGGAAUGGAAGCAUUCAAGAUGUUACAAACCAACAAACGAAAUGAACAUACUAGUGAAUCAGCCAUCAGUUGGAAAUUUGUGUUUUCUGCUGCCAAGCUCAGUUGGGAAAUGCGAAUAGAUAGUGAAACUCCUUUAUGUGAAUGGAAUCUGAACGAUACAACAUUUACCCUCAUCAACAAAGAUGAUCAUUCUCAUACUAAUACUGUGGAAGUCGGUCUACUACAAGUCAAGAACACUUCAGCAAAUCCUGUUUACACUGACGUUCUCUUGCCUUUUAUUGAACAACGCAAUCGACUCCCUGAUUUCUCUAGACAUAAGAUGCUACGUUGCUAUUUGGAGGCCCUUGCGCCUGUCGGUGGUAUACCUGUGAUUCAGCAUUUGGAAAUCAAUCUAUUCCCUCUACGUCUACAAAUGACCUAUGAUUUUGGCAAGGCGAUGGCAUCCUAUCUUUUCCCACCUGAAAGACGACAAAAAGAAACUCAACAAAGCAUUAACUCAACUACAGUUCCUACAUCGUCAUCAUCGUCACAUAACAACAACAACAACAAUAAUGUGAAUCUUCCUUCUAAUGCUUCUAUCUCUGGUAGUUGUGGUGGUGGAGGAAGUGAUGCCAACUCCAUUACAAGUGAUACUUUACAAAAAUCAGCAUCGGCAAAUUUGGAACUCAAGGACAAAGACUCUUCAAAUCGACACAAAUAUGGUUACCCCCGGUCGGCAACAGUAGAAAAUAUACGUUCAGUACCAUCAACAGCAAUGGAUAUACCAAUGCCAUCAAACGCAAGCACUGGAGCAACAUCCAUACGUGAUACUCUCGAUACAGCAACAAUAGAUGGUGGCAAUAUGGAUAGUGGAGGAUCACCUAUUAUAUCACCAACACCACCUCAUUCGAAAGCAACUACCAGUAAACGAAAACAAAAAGAAGCGUACUUACCAGAUGAUCUUUCAGUCAUGAAGAAACGGGCUUCUGGAAAUCGUACUUUUAUUGUUGUCAAGAUCCCAGGUUUGAAACAUUGUCUCACCUACAAAGGACCGAAAGAAAAGAAUAUUGAAGAUUUACGUGAUUUUGCCUUUCAACAACCUUAUUUGGAAUAUCGCAAUAAAACUUGGUCUUGGUUUGAACUUUUAUCCAAUAUCAAAAGAGAUUUCAUGCGAGCAGCUUUGGUUCACAACAGUCGGGCGUUAUUGAAAGAAAAACUGACAAUCCGGAGACACCCUCGUGGGGAUACUUUACCUGGUAACAGCAACGGUAUGGCAGAUUCACAGUUUUUACUUAGCACCUUGACACCAAUUACAAUGGAAAUUUCACCACGACAAAGUGCAUAUGAUUGGGAAGAUGAUGCUAGUGGUGAUAGUGAUAGCGAAGAUAUGGAUCAUCGAGACGAUAUAUCAUUACACUCUGCAACUUCAUAUGAUAAUGAUUUGGAUUCAACUAUGACGCCAUCAUUGGAGCACAAAUCAACCAUUGCCAGUCAACCACAGUUAUCAUGGACAAACAAGUUUAGGCGGAAAAUAGCUGUCAAACCUGAAGUUCCUGAACAUACUCCAUCAUCUUGUGCCUCGAUCGAAACCUUAGUCAAGAAAACGAAGCACGAUCCUGUGGUUAUGGAGGAAUUGAUGACUAAAGGACGGUUACUUUUGGGAAAACAUUAUCAAGGACCUACUACGCCUAUUACAUCAUCCUCAUCAACACAUUCACCACAUUCAUUGACUCCAACCACUCCACCACUACAUCCGGAAAAUAUACAACGGCAUUAUCAUCAUCAUUCAUAAUUGAAAUGUCUUCUUUGGACGGAAAUGGCAUUUGUUUUAUUAUUUUAUUAUUAUUAUCAUUAUCAUUU